AUGGACAAACUAAACGGACAGGACAUACCUCUGAGUAAAGUGGACGACGAAGAGGCAGUGACAGGGCGCUCUGGAAAAGUGUAUCGACCCAUCAACCUUAACCACUAUGCCACGAAGAAGACUGCAGCUCAGAGCAUGCUGGACGUCGCUCUGCUGAUGGCCAACUCAUCCCAGCUGAAGACUGUUCUCUAUGUGGGGGCUCAGUACCGCUUCUACCUCCCUCUCAUUGUCCUGCUGUCGAUAUCUAUCACGCUACAAGUCGCAGUAGGGCUGCUGCUCGUCUUUAUUGCAGUAAAGUAUGAUCUGAACGACGUGAGGAAACAUGCCAAGUUGAACCGGAUGAACAACGCAGCAACAGUCUUUGUCUUCUUCACGGUCCUCAUCAACAUCUUCAUCACAGCCCUCGGCUUUGAGGGACAGAUCAUCAGGUCAUCAGAACCACAAUUGAUUGCUAUACAAGAGCCUCAGCUUGUCCCUCUGCCCAUUGACGUUAACGUAUCUGGUGUCAUUUAG